UGUUACUUAGUCUUACCUGGACUUAGAAAAAAAACUAAAAUAUAACGAGUGAAUGAGUUUCAUGUGAGUAGAAGAUUGGCAGCACCAUAGUAGAUCGGUGGAGAUGGAAGAAGAGGUAAAGGAGAAGCUUUUGCAUGAGCAAAAGGAGAAUUGUUUGGAAGAGGAAGAGUCAGUGGGGAAAAGGGUAUGGGAAGAAAGCAAGAAGAUGUGGGUGGUAGCAGGUCCUGCCAUAUUCACAAGGUUUUCAACUUUUGGGAUUGUGGUUGUUACUCAAUCCUUCAUUGGCCAUAUUGGUUCAACUGAACUAGCUGCAUAUGCUCUUGUUAUGACUGUUCUAGUCAGGUUUGCAAAUGGGGUAUUGAUUGGCAUGGCAAGUGCUUUGGAAACUCUUUGUGGUCAAGCAUAUGGAGCCAGAAAGUAUGACAUGCUUGGAGUGUAUCUUCAAAGAUCAUGGAUAGUGUUGUUCAUGGCCUCUAUAUUCCUUCUUCCUAUUUACAUCUUCACCACCCCUUUGUUGGAGGCUCUAGGCCAAGACAAAACCAUUGCUCGAGUUGCUGGAAGCAUUUCUCUCUGGUCAAUUGGCAUCAUAUUUUCUUUCACUGUGUCAUUCACCUGCCAAAUGUUCCUGCAAUCACAGAGCAAGAACAAGAUCAUUGCCUACCUUGCAGCAGUUUCAAUUUCAUUGCACGUUUUCCUGUCAUGGCUUCUAACUGUUCAGUUCAAGUUUGGGCUCAACGGUGCACUCACAUCCACACUUUUGGCAUAUUGGAUUCCAAACUUUGGCCAGCUUGUGUUUAUCAUGACCAAGUGCCCUGACACAUGGAAAGGUUUCUCAUUCUUGGCCUUCAAAGAUCUUUGGCCUGUUAUCAAACUUUCUCUCUCUUCUGGGGCUAUGUUAUGUCUUGAGAUCUGGUACAACACAGUUUUGAUUCUUCUUACAGGCAACAUGAAAAAUGCAGAAGUUUCCAUUGAUGCUCUGGCCAUAUGUCUCAACAUCAGUGGAUGGGAAAUGAUGAUAGCUCUUGGAUUCUUUGCUGCUGCUGGUGUUAGGGUUGCAAACGAGCUUGGAAGAGGGAGUUCAAAGGCUGCAAAAUUUUCCAUUCUGAUAACAGUUCUGACAUCAUUUGUGAUUGGAUUCGUUCUAUUUUUGAUGUUCCUGUUUCUGCGGGAAAGACUUGCUUAUAUUUUCACUACAGACCCUGAGGUGGCUAAUGCAGUUGGUGAUUUAUCACCAUUGCUCUCAUUUUCCAUCUUGAUGAACAGUGUUCAACCUGUGCUCUCUGGAGUUUCUGUUGGAGCUGGGUGGCAAAGCAUUGUUGCAUAUGUAAACAUUGGCUGUUAUUAUCUUAUUGGUAUUCCUGUUGGAGUGCUUCUUAAUCACUUUUUCCAUUUGGAUGUCAAGGGUAUUUGGAUUGGAAUGUUGUUUGGAACAUUUGUUCAGACCGUGAUGCUUAUUACGAUCACAUUGAAAACCAACUGGGACAAGCAGGUAGAGCUAGCUCGAAAUCGCGUUAACAAAUGGACAUUGGUGGAGAACGAAGAACCAAACACUAGACCAACCAUAUCUAGCUAAACUCUGUAUUUAGCUUUCAUGUUUUGAGCUAUCUCCAUCAUUUUUGUUUAAUCAAAGUUAAAACCAUACUUCAAUUGAUUUCCCAUAUAAAUUCAAGAAUCU